CUGCAUAUUGUGAGAGGCGGGACUUCCCUUCGUUUACGGAUAGAGGUUUAGGUGAGAACGCAGAAGGGAUCGUUACUGUAUCAACUAUUGAUAGGCCUAUCACAGGUUUAUGUGAAAGCCUCAGUACAGUAGCACAACUACUAGGAUACAAUGACGCGGCGAGGGACAUAGUAGCCCACAUCGGCGAUGCUAACCUGAAACGUCUUGUGCAACUCUAACCUGUGAACAUGUCUGAUGUCAACAAGACUAUCCAGAAAUGGCACGCGAGUUUCAGAAAAGGCACGGACUUUGAUUCGUGGGGACAAUUAGUAGAGGCCAUAGAUGAGUACCAAAUACUGGCAAGGCAGCUGCAGAAAGAGGUACAGUCAACAAACCCAUCUGACUUCACAGAGGACCAGAAGAAAACAUUAGGGAAGUUUGCAACAUGCCUGGAGAUGAGAAGCUCUGCCUUGCAGUGCACACAAUCUCAGGAGGAGUUCAAGUUGGAAGAUCUGAAGAAACUGGAAAUUAUUAUUAAGAGUAUUUUGACGUAUAACAAAGAUUUUCCUUUUGAUGUGCAGCCAGUGCCCUUGAGGAGAAUCCUUGCCCCAGGGGAGGAGGAGAACUUGGAGGUGGAAGAAGAGGAGGAUGCUGCUACAGGAGCAGGCUCCCCAGAGUCCUUUCCCAACAGAGUACCAGUUUUGCAAGGUACAUUGUUGCCACGGUUACCCUCAGAGCCCAGGAUGUCGCUGCUCACAAUAAAGAUUGACAAGAUUGGGCUGAAAGAUGCAGGGCAAUGCAUUGAUCCCUACAUGACAGUUAGUGUGAAAGAUUUGAGUGGCAUUGAUUUGAACCCAGUGCAAGACACACCUGUGGCUACCCGAAAGGAGGACACAUACAUUCACUUCAGCGUAGACAUCGAGAUCCAGAGACAUAUCGAGAGACUACCAAAAGGGGCAGCAAUUUUCUUUGAGUUCAAGCACUAUAAACCCAAGAAGGGGUUUACCAGCACAAAAUGUUUUGCCUUCAUGGAAAUGGAUGAGAUCAAACCUGGUCCCAUUGUGAUCGAGUUGUACAAGAAGCCUACUGACUUCAAGAGGAAGAAGCUCCAGCUCCUGACCAAGAAGCCACUCUAUCUCCACCUCCACCAGACGUUGCACAAAGAUUAAUAACCGAGGUCACUGAGUAGAGCACAUCAAGAAAGCAGAAGCGCCACAGAAUUCCACUGUAGUCAUCAGACAUCCAGCGAAGUUUGGUGUACCGACUCCCUAUCCGCCUUCACUCACAUCAGCAAUACUAAACCCAGCAGGCCCAAAUGCCACAACCUCAACUCUGUGAUAGGACGGCCCUGGAUGACAUAUAUUAACUACAGGGGUGACAACACACUACUGUAUAAUGCUGCUUUCGUAACCAAGUGGGAGGUGGGAAUUUACCAGUUGUGAAGUCGUAAAUACCAGUUGGAUGCAUUCACGUGCUUUGAACUUGUUGAGAAAAGAUAAUUUGGCUAAUGGCCAAAAGCUGCCUAAACCAUAAACUAAAAGCUAUCAUGCUGGUAAACAAAUGAGUGUUAAAAAAACAUAUUAAAAUAGCUUUUUAUAAAUAAUGUUUUGUUGCAUUUAAUUGCAGAAAAAUGCUGUCCAGGUCAUUUCCUAAGUAGGUGACGUCAGAGGUCAGCAUGUGGGAGAAGUGGGAGCUCAGGAUGAUGUAUGAGUUUCCUACUAGUAAUUACCAGUUGGAGGGCCUUUUCCCAGUUGUAUAUGGUAAAUUCCCACUUGGUUACAAACGCAGCAUUUGACCCCUCUGGUGCCAAUUAGCGAUCACUUUUUUCUCCUCUCUGCCUGACGCUCAAUGGAAAAGAAGAGUUGAGUUAGCAAUUGGUACUGUAUGCCAAACAACCAGCAGAAAAACAACCAGCCUCGUCUUUAGUCUUCCUCUGCCUUUCCCUUUGGGGAUGAAAGAGGAUCAACAUGGUUAAAGGUGCUCAAGCGGUGUAUUGAUGAUGUCAUAUCCUGGUGCCAAUUUCAAAUGGGCACAAUGAGAUAUUUUGACACUGCCACAGUGAAAAUAUAUAACUGCCCUGUUCAUUUACUUACAUCCUUAUCACUGAUUUGGCAUUAUUUAAUAGGUAAAAGUAAUAUAUUGGGAUAUUUUCUUUCUUUUUUUUUAGCAUUCAAAAAGGAUUCUGAGAUGCUAUGAUGUCAUCCUGUUAUAAAAGGAGUUGAAAAGGAUGCUGCAUGUAACUGAAGUUGACUUUUACCUUUGUUUUGAAUGCUGUUCCCAUCAAGGCCACAAUGGCUAACCACUAUUUAAACAUUGUCUCCAUUUUAUUAAUAUUUAGAUUUUUUUUGUUGUAAUGGCACUAACUGAAUACACUUAUGGUGCUUUCAAGACAACUGGGAACUCAUCAUGACGUCAGUGAUCUUCGGGUCGGAAAGUCAGAGCUCUAGAAAAGUGCCAGAGUUCCCGACUUGGAAUUCCGAGUUGGAUGACUGUUAAAAGGUUUCUCCCAGUCGGAGCUUGUUUUUUCCCCCAGAGUUCCUGGUUGUCUUGAACACACUGAAGUCUGAGAUUUCUGAGUUCCCAGUUGUUUUGAACACGGCAUUAAGAGACACUAAUCAGUGCAUAUUAUUGUGUGUGCUGUCCGACAGGGUUGACGAUUGUCAAAAUAGUGUUGUGCUUUUGGUAACAGGUUGUGAGAAAAUGAACAUUUAUCAUUGGAAUGACAAUUUACACUGCUUUCAUUUUUAAUAAACAAAAUGCUGUUUGAA